UUUGAGACCCGACCAUGGCCAUCAACACGGACACCGACUUCCUGAAGUCCAACUUGAGCGAGGGCGGAGGCGGCCCCCGGCCCGCGGCCCCCCACGAGACGGAGAAGCUCCUGGCGCUGACCACGGAGCCCGCGGGACACGGGAUGAAGAUGUCCACCUCCUUCACCGUCAACAUGGACGUGGACAAGAGCCAGCAGGAGGCGGACCUGAACGGCCACGGCGGCGCCGUGAGGUCGGGCUCCGCCGGGCACCUGGGCGCCGGCGCCUCUCUCUCGCCGUCCAGGGCCAGCCUGAGCCGCUCCUCCACCGGGAACGCCGCCGUGCAGGAAACCCCGAAGCCCAAGGAUUACCUCAUCCUGGUCAUCUUGUCGUGCUUCUGCCCCGUGUGGCCCGUCAGCAUCGUGGCGCUGGUGUACUCCAUCAUGUCCAGAAACAGCCUCCAGGUGGGCGACGUGGACGACGCCCGGAGGCUGGGCCGCCUGGCCCGCCUGCUCAGCAUCGUGUCCAUCGUGCUGGGCGUCGUCGUCAUCGUCGUCUACGUCUCCGUGUCAGUGACUCACAAAUGAACCGUGAAGCCGAAAUCAACGAAGAGCUCAAGAAAAGAAAAAAGAAACAAAACGUCCAACUUUAUACCAUAUUGUAAAAUCACAUCAUGAGAGAGAGAGAGAGGUAAAGAGAGAGAGAGAGAGGGAAAGAGAUACAGAGAGAGAGAGGGAAAGAGAGAUAUACAGAGAGAGAAAUAGAGAGAGAGAGAGAGAGGGGGAAAGAGGGAAAGAGAGAGAGAGAGAGAGAGAAAGAGAGAGACUACUGCAGCAAAUAAACCCAUACAUACUAAGUCACCGCUGCAUGC